AAAAACAAAAACAUCAUAAAACCAAACCAAGCACCCACAAAACCAAAAACCAAUUUCAAAUCGACCAUUUCAGAUGUACGGUAAUUAUCCACCUGCGGGCAGCCCACCAUUACCAGAUAUUAUAGGACAAUAUUACACAGGUGGUUACGGCAGCGGCGUGGCGGGUGCUGCCGCCAACUUGCCUUGCUAUGAUAUGUAUGGUCCUUCGACGUCAACGGGUUAUCUAUAUGAUCCAACGCUUGCAGCGGCGGCCGGCAUUGGCGCCUAUGGCGGUUAUGGUCAGACCUCACCGAUACGUCGGAGACGUUAUAGCAUUGCUGGCCUGCCAUCGGCCUCAAUGAUGAACGAUUACUAUGGCUAUCAGCAGCCUUUGGGCCCCGCCCCCAUACACCAGUCUUCCUCCUCGAACAUACUGAAUUUGCUCAACGAAGCUCACAAGUCAAUUUCACGCUCGUCCCAGAUACUAACGCAACAGGCCCGCCUACAGCAGGCCCAACAAGCUGCCGCCCAAACGGUAACGCCCCUGUCGCAUUAUCCGGGUCGUGUGGUAUCUAGCUAUCCUACCUUGCAUCCGGGUGAUACCUCGCCGCCCUAUCUGAACGAUAAUCUAAUGCAAAUGUCCGCGAGUUUCUCGUCGCAACCGAACAUGUACUUCCAACAGUAUGGCCAGGCCCAGCCGCCACCUCCGCCUGCGCCCUCGCAAAUGCAAACGGCGGUCGGUGCAUCGCGUCUCAGACCCGCCUAUUCCGUGUCGAACCUCAACUAUCUAAAUUAUCCGUUAGGCGGCGGCACUAAGCAAUAUCCGCUGAGCAGCAGUAAUUAUAUGACCACAGCUGGUAGCCAGUAUGGUGGCAUUGGCGGCGGCGGUGGCCACAACCUGUACACCAACCCCUCCGACUUGUCGCCCUACAACUUACAGAGCCUGCUGCAGCAGCGCAAUCUAAUGUCCUCCUUGCACGCUUCCAAUCCCGCCAUUUCACAGCUCUAUCAACAGCAGCAGCAACAAGCCGCCGUUGCAGCCGCCCAGCAGCAACAGUCCUCAGCCUAUCAGCAGAUGUUGGCCCAGAAUAUCCAACAGCAAUUUGCCGGUACGCAUCACUAUGCCCAUCAACAGCACCAGCUGCCCGUCAGUGCACAUCCAUCGGCCGCUCACAUCCAUGCUUCGGUGCAGCAGCAACUGAAUCCGGAUCAUCAGUUCCACAUACAUCAGCAACAGAAUCACUUGCAAACGCAUCCGCUGGCGGCGUUGGCCAGCACCACGGCACCAUUCCCGGCCACACUGACCAGCAGUGCGCUGCACGAUGUGCGCAGUACAAUGGGUGGUGGGGCUGCGACAGGAUUGACCGGCUCGGCGGCCUAUCACGACGCCAUGUUGUAUCCACCCACGCACCAUCACACCCAUCUGCACCAUCCGAGCACGUUAGGUCAAGCGCAGCAACACCACCAUCACCACCAGCCACAUCAUUCAUAUUCGACAACACCACAUCACUCACACCAUCAGCAUCAUCUGUCACCAUAUUCGAAACUAGAUUUAGAUUAUCCAAAACUGCCACAAGAGCAUAAACGCCAAGUAAGUUUUAAAUUUGACGUAGAUACGCUAUCUUUAGAUUCUUAAGAGAAUGCAAUGCAAAAAGAAACGUAAAAAUUAAAGAAAAAUGAGA